UCAGUCCAGGAUUCGUGUUAUUGUAGUCUUGCUAACAGCGUGGCUCCAAAUAUUUAAAACAGUAGUUUUUAAUUUCUUAGUUGCUAAGUAGGCCUAGCUAAUAUUGUUAAUUCAGCCUACAUUCUAUGCGGACUUUCUGACUGCCUUACCGCGUUCACUGUACUCUCGAUAUUGCCACUCGCUAUUCAGGAGCUAGACGGUGUAAUGAUGGAGGGAAUUUUCUGAUGCAAGCGGCUGAAACUUCAUCUUUGCCCUGCAAGAAUCGGGGCACACGCCGGAUGAAACGAAACACGUAGCUGCAGGGCAACUUGCCAGUAAAACACACCGGCUACAGAGUUUUUACGGAAAACAUGUUGUGCGUAACUGGCUAAUAUCAAUUUAGGCCUACUCCUGAGGCGAACCGAAGCAAAAUAUCUGCCGUUGUCCCACCGCUGAAAAGCGUAAUUAAGGCGUGUCCCGUCCGCCCAGCUUCCACGGCAGCAUAAACAGCGUUGAACAAGGAAGUAGGAUAUUUUUCUGCCUACGGCCAGUUGCUCGUUGCAUUAGAGCGCAUUGGCGAUAGACAGCUCAACACUAUCAAUAGGAAUGGCCCCUAGAGACAUAGACUAUCAGACGCGCCUUAUAGUUAGUUGUUUUUUUGAAGAAGAUGGAUCGAUAGAGGACCGAGGAUUGAUUGAGCCGGACGGUGUAGGAGACGAUGAUCCGUUUGAUCCCGUGCUGAUUGCUGAUAAGCUUCGAGAGUUGGGGGAUGACUACGACGAAAAGGUGAUUCAGCCCCUCAUAAACAAGGUCCAAAAGGCAGCCAAAGAUCAGAUGGCGACGGCCUUCGGGGACUGCGUGGACAGCCUGUGUAAGAGCUGGAUGGCGGACGGGCCGGAGGUGACCCAGGAGAAGCAGCUGCUCAAGGCCUCCGUCAUGCUGGGGCUGUACGUGAAGAAAAAGUGCCCGGACCUCAGAGGAGCCGUGCAGGACGCCAUGGCCAACUUCCUGACCACCCGCCUGGGCAGCUGGGUCUCACAGCAGGGCGGCUGGGAUGAAGUCGCCUCUCAGUAAGAGUUCAUCACCUCAGCGGAUUUUGGGGAAGUUCUUCAAACACGUCUGGUGUCUGAAAUCUCAGGAAUAACAUUUUUCCCAGCCAAAAAAUCUCAAUUGUCAUUUUUCGCUGUAACUCAAAAGGAGAUGGGAACUGAACCUGUUUACAAAGACUAGCUUUUUUUUUUAAAUCCAUUGCUGUGAUUGAGACUGUGAAUUUGAUUUUGUGUGCUUCCACACACAGCCCUCUUUGCUGUCCAAAGCCUGGUUCGCUACAGGAGUGGACUGUAAACUGUGUGUGGCUCUUAUAAAAGCUCUAAUCCAGGGAUGUCCAAUCUUCCGGAAAGGGCCGGCGUGGCUGCAGGUUUCUGUUUUGGCCCAGCAACACAGAGACCCGAUUCCACUUAUCCGGGCCUUGACCGAAGACCACGAUUUGUUGGUUAAAUCAGGUGUCAUAGUGGUGGGCUAAAACAAAAAAAAAAAUUCCUGCACCCACACUGCCGCUUUUCGGGGUAAGACUGGACACCCCUGCUCCGGUGCUGAAGGAAAAGGGAUGCGUCCUUUCUGGGGCGUCCACUCAACUCCUGGUGCCCCAGAAAGAACACUGGUUCGGUUUCUAGGGGGCUACUAUCUAAUUUUGAUGUGAAACUGUAGUACAUUGUCAGGGCAUUACAUACUGGUGAUAUGUAAUAUUGUUCAGUGUCCCAAAUUCACCAAACCAGCACUUAGAGAAUGAAGAGUUUUGUAGUUGAAUACAACUGGUCUAAUUACAUGUUUAACUGCUCUAAUGGCUAAUUGUGUAAAUUCAUCCGCAACAUUAGACCUCAUGAAAUCAAUCCAAUCUGCUGUCAGUAACAUCACGCUUUUAGUUUAGUGACUGGGAAGUUUAGACUUUUCAUUUUUUUUAAAUUAAUAAGUUAGAUUCAUGAAUUGUACUUUGUGAAAUAGCACGGUGGAAGUGGUCUCAUUUGUAUUGGCCAGUCUUGUUCAUAUAGAGGCUUGUUUUACAGACACUUCUCGUUUGGGAAGUUUGCAAUGCUUCAUUUUACUGCCAUGUCAUAGGAAAGAACUUCAGUUAGCCAGACGAAGGCUGUGCAAAUUACAUUCCACAGUAGGCCUUCUUAGAGAAGCAUUUGGGUCUUAGUCUGUGUCACCUUAUCGUUCUCCUUGGAGUUUGACCAAGCUAUUUUAGCAUGUUAAUGGUUUGUAUUUGUCUUUCUCUGUGUAUCAAUUGUUAUUUGAAAUCUUGUUUUAAUAAAACUAGAGCAGAGGUGCA